AUGUCCCCCUCCGCGCCAUGGCGGCCUGACGCCGACGUGACCUUCCCAACAUGGCCGCCCGCCAGGCCCUUUCCCCCCUCCCCAUUGGUCCUGCCGCUCCGCCGACCCGGCCUCCCCCCGCCCCUCCCGACCGGGAGGAGGCACCGCCUCUCCCAAGAUGGCGCCCAGCGCGGGGUCGCGCGGCGUGCGUCGCGGGUCGCGCGGUGCAGGCUGGGACCGUGGCGGAGCCGGGGGCUGCGGCUGCGUCUGGGCGAGCGGGGAGCGGCCGGGAUGGACGUGUUCCUGAUGAUCCGGCGCCACAAGACGACCAUCUUCACCGACGCCAAGGAGUCCAGCACCGUGUACGAGCUGAAGCGCAUCGUGGAGGGCAUCCUCAAGCGGCCCCCCGAGGAGCAGCGGCUCUACAAGGAUGACCAGCUGCUCGACGACAGCAAGACCCUGGGAGAUUGCGGCUUCACCAGCCAGACGGCGCGGCCCCAGGCGCCGGCCACGGUGGGCCUGGCUUUCCGAGCCGGGGAUGACUCCUUCGAGGCUCUCCGCAUCGACCCCUUCUCCAGCCCCCCGGAGCUCCCCGACGUCAUGAAACCCCAAGACUCCAGCAGCAGCGCGAACGAACAGGCCGUGCAGUGAGAUCGGGGGGCGGGCGCAGUGACCCCACCCCCCCAGGAUGUCUCCCCCGGCCCCCCAGCACACAGCCCUCGCUUCCCUGUCUGGGAUCAAACCCCCUCCACCAGCCCCCCCGAAAUCCACCUUCUCUUCGGUUUGGAAACAAUAAAGGUUUGGCUGGUUUUGUGUUA